AUGCCUGUGUAUGCUCCAACUCGACCCGACUUUAAUGCGAUUGUCGUAGGGGCCGGGUUUGGAGGUAUCUACAUGUGCAAGAAGCUCACAGACCAAGGGCGACCAGUACAUGAUCUUAUUUCUACCGAUACUCGUGGGACCUUGAAGAUCUUCGCGAAUAUUCUUGGAAACGAGAUUAACACAGAGGUGCAAAGAGCUAUUUACGGUGAGAUUGAUAACUUGUGGACUGUUUCGCUGUCAGCUGGCCCUCGAUUAACAGCCCGAUAUAUUGUGACGGCUGUGGGACUGCUAUCUAAAAUCAAUUACCCUGAUAUCCCUGGGCUCAAGACAUAUGAAGGCGAGAUGUAUCACACUGGGAAUUGGCCCGCUUCCUAUGACUUCACAGGAAAGCGCGUCGGAGUAAUUGGGAACGGAUCCACAGGUGUUCAGCUGGUCACUGCAUUGGCCGAUCAAAACGUCAAGCAACUACUCUCCUCCCAGCGACACCCAUAG